GCACUUCGCACUUCGCUGGUUCAUCUGCUCUUCACAUCUUCGGAACUGUCAACCUCCGAAUGAAUUACGUAAUUCAUCGAACGGCGUGGUAAAUUGUGAGAAUGCAGUUACUUCCGGUACAAUUCAAACUCGCGAGUGUGAUAAUAAUACAUAAAGUGCUAGUCACAGAUUCGUUCAGUGCGUGUUCAGUCGAGUAGAGUGAAAAUAUAAUGUCAAGUCUUGUUGUGACGAGUGCUUAUUAUUCGCUGAACUUCAACACCUGUGGCCAAAAAUGAAGGAAUACAUUUUGCGGGAUAAAAUGCUGCCCGGCUAUGUCGUACCUCUUCAAAAAUGGACGACGAAGGGGUUUCACCGAGUGGAAAGAUGAGGCCGGAGGAAUUGGUGAGGAGUUCCCGGGCGGCGGAAACAAUGUCGGAAACAUCGGAGGGAACGGGGACGACCAGCAUUUCCGGCAAGUCGGGAUUCGACAGCCGCGAGGAGUUGAGGGACCUCGUCGCGGUCCUGGGUAUCCUUGAUCCCGAUGAUCUUCACCAGGACAGGUUCCGGGUUGAUCGUCGGAAGCUCGAACACAUGCUUCUGGGUGACAAUGAAGCACCGGAACCAGCUGACACUUUUUUUCACAAGGUAAUGGAAGAAACGAAUACGUUCAUUACAUGGCCUUCGCGACUGAAGAUUGGUGCCAAGUCAAAGAAAGAUCCACAUAUAAAGGUUGCUGGUCGACAGGAUGACGUAAAAGCAGCCAAGGAGAAGAUUAUGCAAGUACUGGACACCCGGCAAAGCAACCGUGUGACCAUGAAGUUAGACGUAAGUUACACCGAUCACUCUCAUAUCAUCGGCAAGGGUGGACUGACCAUAAAACGAGUCAUGGAGGAAACUGGCUGCCACAUUCACUUCCCGGAUAGUAAUCGCAGCAACGCCCAGGAGAAGAGUAACCAGGUGUCUAUCGCCGGGGAAAUGAGUGGAGUGGAAAGGGCACGUGCCAGAGUUCGCAAUCUUACACCGUUGAUAUUUUCUUUCGAACUUCCGAUAAUGGGAGCCAUGCAAGCAGCGCCGGAUGCCACAUCGCCCUACGUUAUAAAAAUUCAGGAACAAUACAACGUUCAAGUGAUGUUUAGAACGCGGCCUAAACUCCACGCUACUCUCGUUGUGGUAAAGGGAUGCGAGUGGGAAGUGUCUCAGGUCAAGGAAGCGACACUUUUACUCAUCCGUCAUAUGUGCGAAAAUUUGGCCAAUCAAAUCCAAGUUCAGAUGUCGGUUGAGAUAUCCCCCCAGCAUCACACCAUCGUACUUGGUAAACAAAGCUGUAACUUAAAGAUGAUCAUGCAACGUACAGGCACGCAGAUUAUGUUUCCCGAUGCUGGAGAUCCUAAUAUUCCUAGUUUGAAAAAGAGCAACGUAACAAUUACUGGUGGAAUUCACAACGUUUAUCUUGCCCGUCAGCAGCUGGUGGGUUCUUUACCUCUAGUCUUGAUGUUCGAUUUACCUGAAGAUUCGAUGAGCUCUGUAGAUUCAGAGAAUAUCUCUCAGUUGAUGCAAUCACUUGACGUAUUCAUCAACGUUCGUCACAAACCAAAGCAGAGUACGCUUUCCGUCAUCAUUAAAGGAAUCGAGAGAAACGCGAGCAACAUAUACGAAGCUAGAAAACAACUUCUCGGGCUAAACGAACCCAGGAUUCAUGCGGAAAUACCUGCUACUUAUCACAUCCCAAAUGCUAGCAACGUAUAUCAAGGGAACGCAGCUCCAGGCGGUGCUGGUUCGAGCAGCAUUAGUGCUUUAACGGACUUCUCCAACCUGUUGACAAUCAACACCGGAAACGGUCCCUACUCGAUGUCACCCUUGCCACAUUCUCCCAACCCCGUGGGUCUCUCCCCGCAUUGGGGACUUCCACAGCUCGCCCCGAUGUUCUCAACAUUGCCACCCCAUCAUCAUCACCACACAUCGUUUCCGUAUCCCAACCUAAAUCACCUCUUGGCCCAACACAACUUGAUGCACUCGGGAGCCAACAAUCUCGGACCGCAUCACCAUAACAUGACCAGUGCAGCCAAUUCGGUGAACCAUGGAAUUCACAACUUUGGAAGUAGCAUGGGAAACAGUGUGGGAAACAGUUUGGGGACCUCGAUGAACACUAGCGGUUACCAUACUCUCAACAAUUCAUCUCUCGUCGAUCACAAGGAUGGCAGUGCAUGUUCCUCGCUUAGCAGUUUGGCCAGUUCACUCUCCAGUCCAGCAAUCAGCCCGCGUAACGCUUCGCCGGUUAAUCCCCCAGAGACUAGUCCGAAUAUAGAUUUAUCUAGCAUGCUCUCCGAUCUUCCCGAUCGCCGAGCACCCGGCUGUGAGAAGAAGACUCUAGAAAUGGCGGCUCAGAGCAACCUGACGCCGUUUGACUAUGAACAGAAGAAGUUGAUGGCCGUUCAAGCAAUUCAAGCAAAGCCUUCUCCAUCGGAGUACCGAGUACCUACUUCUGCGUGGGCUGGUUACGGGCUGAGCCAAACAGUUUCGAUGAUGCAGAGUGACAAAGAACAAAAGACGGAUUCUACAUUCAGUCCGGCCGAUCUUUGGAAAGAACCUACAACCCCAGUUUACAACACCGUAAUGGAUUUUUGCCUCCCUGGAAGCGCCGGAAAAGAUCGUAUUGGAAUGGCAUCAAAUUACAUGGAUCACACACCUACGUCACACGUAAACAAGAUAGUCUCGCAGCGCUACUCAGACCUCGGUGGGAUGCUGGCCAGCGUUGGGUUGGAAAAAUAUAUACGCUUGUUCACAUCCCACGAGGUGGAUAUGGCAACAUUUCCGUCUCUGACCGAAAAGGACCUGUGCGAAAUUGGAAUAACAGCUUGGGGUGCCCGGCGUAAAAUAAUGCUUCUAAUAUCUGAAAUGAACAAGCGGUCUAGUCCAUUUUCCGGCAGCGCCGCACCAGGUGCGGAACGCAAGAUAUCAGCCGCUGGCUCAGCGUCGGCGAGCAAGUGUGGCUUGGACAAUUGGUAAUAAAAACUAGUCGUACUACCGACACUCACCUGGGCCGUGAAGAAUCCGCGACCCGAAAAGAACUGCUGUCAACGGAGUCCAUUUAGCCCGAAUUGUAUAAACAUAUACUACCUGCGAGAAAUGUAACGGAUUAGGAAUAAUUUAACGGCAACACGGACUUGGCAUUUUGCAUUUGCCAACCGGUCACGAGAGUAUAAAAAUACCUGAUCGAACAAAUACAAAGAAAAAGUCAAUCCGCAACAAACAAGACCAACAAAAAACAAAAGCAAAUAAAAAUAUUUGAAAACGUUAAAAAAAGAAAAUUAUAAAAAAAGUAUACAAAAAAAUAAUAAUAAUUCGUUAAAAGUAUAAGCCGUUUAAGUUAAAGUAAGCAAAUGUUCGGGUCAAUAUAGUAAGGAAGUGCCGUUCGACAAAAAAAAAAACCCAAAAAAAAAUCAUGCAUGUUAAUUUUGUACUUGGAAGAGAAUAGGGUAAUGAUUAUUUUUGUAACCGGGAAUCGUUGAUAAUAAUUUUUUUUUUUGCAAUUUUUUUUUUAUUUCACACUCAUUCGUCACUCGUACUCUACCAAGUGCGUUACAUAGGUUAAGGAAAUAAUCGUUACUAUUUUCAGUGUUUUUUUUUUGCAAUUUUUUUUUCCUUCCUUGCAAAAUAAUGCUCAACCCUUCCACGAUAAGGUAUGAUAGUUAGAAUUGAAAAUAACUCGCGAGCGCAUGAUUUGCUAGAACUUCUUUACUUUUCUUUUUCUUUUCUUUUUCCUCUUUGGUUAAUCGAUCGAUGUCGAUUUUCGGUUCAUACACUGUAGGAAUGUCUUUACGUCGUGUGUUUGUCUGUGUGCGUAUGUGUGUCAGCUGUCGGAGAAACAGACUGCGUUCAAACAAGUACCACGUUUCUUAAUUAUGCAAAAUUAAAGUAAAGUUUAGGGAGGCUUUAGACUUGAAGAUGGGCGCGGGGGUCCCGUUGGCAACUACAUUUAGCGCCGUUCGAAACUUAGCGGAAAAUGUUUAAUUCAGACUAAGCUCGAGGAUCAUUAUACAACACGUUGGAAAGUUUCAGCGAUUGAAAAUCAUGAAUAAUCUCGUGCGAAGGAAAUCGGUCACCAUGUGGCGGUUCAUUUUUUUUCUACAAAGUUGGCUAUUACUCGAAACUCAUGGCACUGUAACGACAAUCCAGAAUGACAAUAAUCGUGUAUAAGCUUUGGCCAGUUUUUCGUUCUUUCGAAAAUACUUUAAGUUUUGGUAUACGAGAAAUAUGUUUACUCUUUUGUGGAUGUUAUGGUGAAACAUAUUUAUUUGACUGUAUACAGAAGCGCUGACGUUUUUGUCAGUAUAAGAUAUUUGUUACUACUGUGUAAUAAUAAUAAUAAUAAUUCUUCUCUAUUUUCCAUCAUUUUGCAUUGUCUCCAUUGCAAAUAUAUUUGAAAAAUAUACAAUUUUUUUUUUUUAUAGACACAGAAAUUGCUUCUUAGAAAUUAUUUCUAUUCGUUGUGAUAUGUUGCAUUUAGUGCUCUUUUUACGUAUAUUCGGAAUAUCACGAUAUGAUAAAAAAUUGAAGGGGAGCUAAGACUGAACACUUACACUGACUGGAGUAUAAAUUCAAAUCUUCCUGUGAAAAUAAUCAUUUGUCUUCGUAUGUAAUAAUAUGAAUUUUUUUUUUAGUGAGUUUUUUUUCAUGCAUAUUUUUUUUUCGCUCAGUUUUGUUUUUUGCGAUAGACUUUGAUUGACUAAUUAUGGAUACAAAUAAUGCGUGCGAGUAGUAGCGGUAAUAGUCAACAGCAGAAUUCAGUACGAAAUAAAUUCGUCUUAGGUUCACAAGUUGAAUAUAAUUUUGUUUUCUUCAAGAUUUACGCUGGCGUGGAUCAAAUUUCAGAAAAUUAUAUUUUGUACAUUGGCAUAACUGGUACAUAUCGCACGUUCGUUGGCCAUUAAUCGAAAAUUUAUUUCGUGCAUGAUUUUUCUUUGCAUAAUCUCCAGCGACGAUGUAUUUUAUUUGUUGUCUUCUCGAGUUUUAUAAAGUAACAAAGUAUUUAUUAAUUGAAGAAGGUCGCUAAAUGUACGCCGCUCAACGGACGCAAAUUAUAUUUAAGAAAUAUUAGAUAAAAGAGAAAAUUAUGAAGUAAAAUGAGUAGUAAACGUAUAGAUUUUGCUCGAAGGUGCGGACUAUGUUUUAUUAAUAUGGUGGCAGCACAUUUUUAACGAAAUCCACUAUAUAAAUGAUGAACAAUAACGGUUAAUACAAAUACAUUAUAUUGCAUCGCACUCAAUAUUGCAGCUGCGAUGACAGCCUAAUAUGGGAAGAAAUUAUAAUUUUACGAACCUCGGAUGUGUGAAAAAAUGAAAAAGCUAGUAGUCGUUAAAAAUCAUUUUACGAAAGUAAGAUAUUCCAUUUGUAACUUAUAAAUUAUUCUAAUUUUUAAAGUUUUUUUUUUUCUUUUUUUUCGCCAACCAAAGAAUGCGUUAGGUAAUGAGCUCAGCUCACGUACGCGCCGCUUGCAGUGACUUGCAGUGACUUGCAGUGUGUAUAGGGUAUUACGGGCCAAGAGGUCAGUUUUCUUUUUUAAUCUCUUUCCAUUCAUACAUUACCGCCAGAGCAUAUCAAUCGUAUGUUUUGAUCACACUUCAGCACAAUGUCCGAAUAGGGCGAAUCUGUGAAAAAUCAAUAAUAAUGGAAAAAAAAGAAAAAACUGGCAUCUUGGUUCUGACGAUGCAGAACCACCAGCUGGCCUUAAGGGGGUGCCUCUGGUCGAUCUCGACGUUGACGUAUAUAUUUUCAGAUAUCAAAGUCCACGUAUCCGAAACUUUGAGGUAGAAAUAAAAAUUCAUUGGAGUGUUUUUCUUCAGAAUCGCGUAUAGAAUAAGGCUGUUGAUAAGCCCUUUUUCACAUUUCAGAUAGUGGAUUUUGAUAUUCGAAGGUAUAUACAUCAGAGUCGAAAUCGAUUAGGACACCGCUUUAAAAAAAUCGGGAAGGCAUUUUUGCACGAGCUUCUGAAUGCCUAGCGAUCGAUUUUACCGCUGAGAGUUGUUGACUAAACUUGUGAAGUUUUAAGCGUAAAUUAUUACUAUUAUUCAGAAUUAUAUAAUAAGUAAUUAAAAAUGUGCCUGUGUGAUCGUCUUUAUUAUUAUUGUUGUUCUUAUUAUUAAAAUUAUUAUUAUUAUUAUUAUUGUUAUUGUUAUUAUUAUUAUUAUUACUACUGCUACUUUACUAUUCUUAUGGAUUUUUUUUUCAUUUCGUUGAUAGUUUGAUGUAGUGAAAAUACCAUAGAAUUAUAUACUUUCAAUUCACUUCUACGUUUAAUUAAUGCGAUACGGUGAUAUAAUUUUUGCCGGCUUCUGAUGCGAUUCCUACGCGUUGCUGUGCGUCUACCUAUACAUACCAUUAUAUCAAUAAUAAUAAUGAUAAAUAUUUUGUAUUGGUAAAACGAAAUCCGUAACAAGUAUUCGAUUUGAUAGAUUUUCUUAAUAUUCGUAAUAAAACCGAUAAGCGUUGAAACUUUUUACGAUAAUUUUCAACUUGGUGAGAGGUAAACGAACAAAUUGAUACCGCAAAUUUUACGGUAGACGCUCGCUGUUAGCUGCGGGGGGAUGAAGCUACGGCGAAUUGCAUCGUAUGUCCGUGAUCAGAUACCAAAGCUGUUUGGAUAUGACUGAUCCAACGAGUCUAAUGUUCCUACAUAGUUGUUUAUUGAUUAGGUAGAUUAAUGAUUGUUGAAAAAUAAAGUAUACACCUAAUGACGUGUAAUAUAUUUAAA